GCUCCGUUUGCGGUGCGCGACCGGCCCGCCCGGCCGUUCCCCGCCCCCGCUCCGGCCGUCCCCCCACUCCUCGGCCGCGACAAACUCGCAUCUCCGGCCCGAUACCUCGUCUCGAUCCAUCCCGUCCGCCUGCAUUCCGCCCCACUCCCAGCCAGUUGGUUCGGCCUUUUCCUACCGUUUGCGUUCGUUUCCUUUCCCCACACCGCACGCGCCGGAAGGAACCCGGCCGCGAAAGUCGCUUUUCGAGACUUUCCCACUCACCAGGCCAGGCCAGGCUAGGGUUUUUCUUUCUUUCUUUUCGCUUUUCCGGCUGGCCAUGUCAAUGUCGUCGCACCCGCUUGUGCUCGUGCUUGUCCCCCCACCCUGACUGACCCACUCGCUGACUCACUCACUCACUCGCCGCCCUCUCUUCCUUCCUUCCUUCCGGAGCUUCCACUCCCGGCCCGACGACCCCGACCCAAUGGAGGGCCCGCACCCGCUGCCGCUGCCGGAGCCGGAGCCGGAGGCGGGGACAGAGGAGGCAACAACCGGCCGGCGGUGCGGCCGCCACCCGGACCAGCCCCUCACCGGGGUCUGCUCCGCCUGCCUCGUCGAGCGCCUCUCCUCCGUCCGCAGCCCCGCCCACCCCGAGAUCCUCGAGGUCGCAUCCUCCUCCUCCCUCCACCCCGACGCCCCCUCCGCCCCCGUCCCCGGCCACGGCGACCAAGAAGACCAGGGCAAGCUGCGCAAGACGCUCAUGCUGCUCUUCCAGAUGGACGACUCCGGCGCCGCCGCCGACGGCCAGGGCGCCACGCGGCCGCCCGACGCCAAAGAUCCCGGAGCGUCGGAGGCGGACCACCCCGGAGGAGGCGGCGGCGGCGGCAGGAAGUGGAAGGGCGCCUCCUGGCUCAGGGCGAUCCUGCCCAGGCGGGGGACGCGGCGGCGCGGGACCAAGGAGGAGGAGGAGGAGGAGGAGCCCUCGCGCCCGUCCGGGGCGGUGGAUCCCCAUCCCGGCGAUGCCGGCGGCGGGCCGUCGCCGUCGCCGCCACUGGUGGAGCGGAGGGCCAGCUUCCGCCGCUCCUGCGAGUGGAUGAUCUGCCGGGAGCCGCCGCCCGGCGGCAGGGGAGGCUCCUCCAUGGACCCGCCCCGCCACUCCUGGGACGGGUCCAUGGUCGGCAGGGCCUUCGCCUGCUCCUUCGCGUGCCUGGACGAGCCGCCUGAUGGCGUCACCAGGGUCAGGCAGGGCAAUGCAGAGGAAUCGGCCAGGGAGCGCCCUGCUGCCGGGGUUGCGGAGAGCAGGAACGGGGAGCAUUCUGCCGAGAUUGCAGCAGAGAGCAGGAAUGGGGGGCAUUCCGCCGAUGUGGGCGGCGAGGGGCCGAGGUUCAGAGGAAGGAGAAGCUGCAGUGACGCCAGCCCGGAGAUAACUGUGGCGGCCUCAGGUGUCCGGCGCCGGAGGUCCAACAGGUGGAGCAGGGUGUGGGAUCGCAGCAUCACGAGUCCACUCAAGGAGUUUGUGAGGAAGGGGGAGCACGCUCUUGAUCGGUCCUUCUCGGAGUCAAGGAGGGAAACCCGGAGGUGUAAAAAUGGGGAGACGACAGACAUCGAAAAUGGCGAAAUUCAGCAUGGCCGCAAUGGGUCGGCAAUUCCAGGCAGAGCAAGCCAGAGCGCAAGCAGAAGAUCGCAAGCUGCCGCGGCUAACGGGGACGAGCAGAAUUUCCGCACCGACUGGCUCAAGAACAAGGAAUGCAGGAUCGGCAGGAGCAGGAGCGUGCAUUACACCUCUCCUGGGAACUUUGAUAAUGGGAUGCUACGGUUUUAUCUGACGCCGAUGAGGAGCAACAGAGCCGCAAACAGGGGGAGGAGGAGAAGCUCUCGCUUGUUUACGAGAGGACUUUUUGGUUUUGUUUGAGUGGCUCAAGCUGAAUUCUAGCAGCCCAUGCCAUGCGUUUUAGAAGAUGGCAGCAGCACAAGCAACUUUUUCUUCAGAAUCUACUUGGUCUCUUAGAACUGGCUAACUCUGUAAGUUGUUCAGCAGCUACAUUCUUUCUGCAGUACAUUAUUAAGCCCAACGUAGAGUCAGGAAGAUUUAGCUUAAGUUGCAGAUUUGCUGCUCUGUUCUUUUAAGAUAAGUAUUGCUUAUAGAUGGAAUCUGGACUGUGGUGUGCAGAUUAGUGUAUCAGGUGUAAUUAUUUACAUUGAUAAUAAUAUUCGUAUCAAUUCUUCCAA